AAUGACAAUGGUCCAAUAGUAUUAAGUUGAUGAUUACAAAUACUGGAAGUUGGAAGAGAAGAGAUUGAGGAGAUCUCGACAUUUGAUAAUAAACAAGUAUAAUAUUUAUGUUGGUGAUGCAAUGAUCUUAAACUUCUAUCUCUUAAUCAUCCAUAAAGAUAUUUCCAAAUUUAGUGUCUAUGCUAGUUACCACAUGCUUACUGCUAUUUAAGAAGCAAUUUAUUCAGUUGUUUAAGCAGGAAAAAAAAGGAGUAGCAUGGACAAGAAACUGUUCCUGAGACCAUUUCAAGAAAUUGAAGUGUUCCUGAGAUAAAAUCAUUUGACUCAGGCUUGGCCUUUUUAUAGACUUUGGAUACCUUGUCAUUACUGCCCGCACUUUAUUUUAUUUCUAAUCAAGAAGAAGACUAAAAGUUGACAUAGAAGACAGAAAAGAAGUCUGCCUCUUGAUAGGAUUCCUUUUUCUUUUUCUUCAGAAAGAAGUCAUGAGUACCAAGUUAGCAUGAAUUAUUUUAGCUUGAAAUUUAAUUUGAAAAUGGUUACUUGCCUUGAUAAUGAGUGAGGAAAGAAUUAUUCAGCACUAGCAACUUGGAAAAGUCAGUGGGGACUGCAGUCAUUGUCCACUGGAAGCAAUUUUCACUUCAGUUGAUUGCUUUUUCUGUAAGCCAAAUAUUUGAAAAGCUUUAGGAAAUUUCAUUCUGUCUGGUUUUAAGAGGGUGAAGAUAAGAUUCAUUUUUGCACCAUUGGGUUCUAGUUGGUCUUCAUGAAGCUGUUUAUGAUGAUCCUUAGCCAGUGAAGUUCUUUUGUUUAGAAGAGACAAGGUUUGGGAAAAAUAUAAAAGAAAUCAUAAAUAAAUCAAAAUUACUAGGUCUUACCAAGGCUAGAUUUUGGAUAUUUGGAGUCAGAGAAAUAAACUGAGAUUCAGACAAAGGUAAUCAUAUAGCCAUGUUCACAACCAAUACAGUUGUAGACGAGCUAUGAACUAUAACUUCAUAAUUUUUUUGUCAAACCUCUUUAAAAAUUGCUUCAUUACAAUUUCUCCUCAAUCCUUCUCCCUUUUUUCCUUUUUACCUGUUUAAAAGUUAAAAGGAAUAAUGCAGAUUGUGCUUGAGAGGGACCUCUAGAUGUAAAUCUGUUUGAAUGAAUUCGGUUUCUUAUAAGAUAGUCAAGGGGGUAACUCCUUGGAAUAUGUUUGGUGUUUUUGAUCAUAAACGUGUGGGAAUUGGCAAAUUGAGGUUUGUUCUUUCAGAUUUUGGUUGGAAAAAAAUGUUCGUCCUGAAACAAAUUGAGGAUCAUUAGUAACGAGAGGUAAUUAUUUACUUGAUAUUUCACGCUUGUGUUCUGUUGGUUGAAAUGGCUGCACCAAGUCCACCAAUGAUCCUUUCACAUUGUAAACAGCACUAUCAUUUGUCAGUUGAUGGAGAUGACAAGGAAGAAGAAAUAAGAAAGGGAGAACUUGAGGCGGAUAAAGAUAGAAUGAUGAGAGAGUACAGAGCUCAACUUGAUGCUGAAAGGGCGCUUAAGCUUGCCCAUGGAAGGAACCACUCUAGUAAAUCUACUCGUAGAAAGGAUAGGAGAGAUAAAGAUUUAAAGAAGAGAAGCAGCAAAAAGAGAAAGCAUUCAAGGAGGAGAUCUUCAGACUCUGGCUCUUCUAGUUCAUCCUCGGAUUCAUCAAGCAGCGACACCGAAGAGAGAGAAUCACGAAAAUCAAAGUCCCGGUCUAAGCGAUCAAAGAAAGAAAAGAAACAUAAAUCGAGAAACAAGCACUGUAGCAGCAGUGAUGAGGAGGAAGAUGGUCCUGUUCCACUUUCAAGAUUCUUCGGUAAUUUGAAGAGUUGACACCAUUAGCAGAGGAUAUACAUAUUGCUGUGUCAGUAUUAGUUUCGUAGGAUAGGAGAUGAGUCCUGAUCCCUUAUUCCCAUUUCCUUCGCGAAUUACAGACCCAUAUGCUCCUUUCCAACUUUGAUGAGCUUGUGAAAUUUCAAUUUGCCUUGAAUCUCAAUUUUAAUUUCUCUUCCAUUUCUUUAGAGGAAGUUCAUCUCAUUAACCGUGAUGAAUUUGUAUGAUAUUGAAAUCUUGUGUAAUAAACAAACUCAAAUUUCAAUUCCCUUGUGCUGUAUGCUGCUCUGCUGCC